GGAACAGCGCAACGACGAUGACAAAUCGAUAAAAAAAAAUUCAAAAAAAAAAAAUUACGAUUGGUUAUUUUAUGCAUAUAUUAUUUAUAGCUAGCUAGUAUUAAAUUCACGUUCUUCUUACAUCAAAACUACAAUAAUGGAAAAGACCCCUAGAUUUUUAGAUUUUUCGUUUUGAUGAAAUGAUGAAAUUAGCUAGAGAUGGGAAAUACCACAAAGGCAGGGAAGUCACCUUUGCCUGUCGUCAUUCAUAAAAGCAAUGUCCACAUCAGCUUUUAGCUGCCAUUGUAAUUUUAAUCUGCAUUACUGAUUGAGUAGAGUAGUAGUAAAAUCAUCAAAAGAGGAAUAUAUAUCUCAAGUGCAUCAUAUCUUCAGCAGUAUAUUCUCAGCAAAAUGAGGUUGAAAACUGUUGCAUUUUUAUCUUUCUCAUCAGCUACUGCUUUCAACCAACUCCAACCAACACUAUUUAAGGAUGGAAUAUGUUCACUGGACAAGAACGAAAAGAUGUCUUUCAAAACCCCAGAUGGUUUUACAGAAUGCUCUCUAAAAAGUUGUCCUCCUGACAAAUAUAAUUAUGAUUAUCCACAGUGCCAUUAUUGUUGUCGCAACCCAAAAUGUAGUAAAGGUGCUACAGAAGGCAUGGUGCAAAAAAGGAAGUUAAUUUAUUCCUUAAUUGCGAAUGUCAUUUUGCUUAUAUUGCUCCCAUAUCCCACAUAUUGUACUUGGUUAUGGUUAAGAGCAAAAUCUAAAAAGAAACAUGAGGAAGACCACUUACUAUUACCACGGACAUCGUCAACACCACUACAACAAUUGCCAUCGCAGCAGUCAACACCACCACAAACACCACAACCACCGCCACAACAACAACAACAAACCACAUCAAGCCAAGAUUUAGAUGGUGCAGUCUCGAAAGGGGAUUACAUCGUUGAAAUUACUGAUAGCGAUGAAGACAGUUCACAAAAUAUUGAAAACACUAGUGUACCAAAACGAUAUGUGCAACCUUUUACGGAUUCAUUUGAUAGCAACGAAGUCUCAGACAUUGCAAUCACAUCAGAAUUUGGUGGAAACAAGUGAUUCCUUGGCAGGAUUUCGCAAAUGAUAUUUUAACUCCUUAGAUCAUAAUGCAUUAAAAGAGAAACUGAGUAAAAAAAUACACAAUCUUUAUGUUAAAUGGUUGCAACUUUUCAAUUUUUAAAUAUUUUAUAGUUAGCAUUUUUUUGUUGUUUUUCUCUCUUUUUUCUCCCGUUUGCUUUGUCCUGUUUUAUUGUUUGUGUAUAGUUUUUAUAUUUAAUAUAUUUCAUUUUGUGACUAUCACAAACACUUGUGCGAGGUCAUGUUUAUUUAUAAGCAACUCUAAUUUUUAAUUUAGCCUCAGUUUUGAUUAAACCUACAAGUUGCUCAAUGUAAUAUUUGGCUGCAUAUAAGUUUUUAUCUAUUAAGGAAGAAGAACUUUUUAUUCUUUUAAAGAACUAUUUUGUAGGUUGCUGGUUAGGUCUUCUCUGUUUAAGCUUCUGUUUACUUAAAUUUCUAAAACAUUUUCAAAGUUUGAAAAGCAUGUUUUGACCUGAAUUUCGGGCAAAACAAAAUGCGUAGGAGCUCUCUCUAUUUUUUUUAUGUUAUUUAGAUUGAAUAAAUGUUACAUUUA